AUGUCCGGAACACCACCUGGCAAACAAACUUCAUCAUCAUCGUCCAAUCAAAUCAGUCGACCCGUUCAACGUCAUCUCAUCAAUGUAUACUUGGUACUUGCCGCCAUGCUGGGCCUGGCAGCAUUUGGCUCAACAACAGGACAGCCAUUCGGUGGCAAUGGUGUACUUGAAACAGGCGUGACCAUUGGCAGUGCCAUGGGCGUCAUGACGCUUCGACGCGGCAAUAUGCUUCGUUGGGCAUUACUGGCGACGUAUUCGUUGUUUAGUGGCAUGUCAUUAUCAGCACUGGUGACACAGUUUCUAUACUUGGACCCAUCAGGAACGCUACUGCUCGGCGUAUUGUCAGCAGCCAUGUUUAUCUUUUUGGGACUAUCCGCGUCGGCUACUCUGGCGAAUCGACGUAGCAUGCUCUAUGUCGGUGGUAUGGUUGGAUCUUUGCUUGCCUUGUUGGCUUGGACAGGACUGGCGAAUCUUUUCUUGUUACGUUCACCUGCAUUGUUUUCUGCCGAGCUGUAUCUUGGUCUCAUUGCAUUCAGCGGUUAUGUGGUGUAUGAUACGCAAAUGAUUGUGGAACGAGCAAGUGCGGGUAUCAUGGAUAUUCCCGGCCACGCCAUGGAUUUAUUCAUGGAUCUAUUUGCCUUGUUUGUUCGGCUUGCCGUCAUAUUAUUGGAACGCGAAUCACAAAACCAAAGAGGACGACGACGAGGACGACGACGGGAUGAUGAUGAUGAUGAUGAUGACAGUAGGAAUUACAGCCGACGGUGGCGACCCUCGUCAAGUAGACGUAGUCGAUUUUAA